UCUCUCAAGCCAUUCAUAUUCAUUGUCAUCAUUUCAGGUGCUUGAGCUUUUCCUCUGCUCUGCAUUCUCAGUUUUCAGGGUUCAUCUUGAGUAAGCUAAGCAAGGAUUGAAACCCUAGUUGUAGAAAACCCAUCGUGAGUCAGGUUAAGGAGAGAAGGAUUCUGAUGUUUUUGCUGCAGCCAGCAGCCAUGGAGGAGUCUUAUACCUUGACGAUCGCUGAUUCUAAGGUUAAACAUGGAAAAGCAUUGUUCUUUCUGAUGGCUCUGUUAUGUACAUCACUGUUGAGCCAUGCUGCAUGUAAUUGUGGGUUUCAUUUGAUGAAUGUGGUUGAACUUGAAGGAGAAGGAACAACUUAUUCUAUUCAAUCUAAUGCUGCAAUGAUGUCUGAUCUAGAAAGGAAUUCUUCAGAGUUAUUGGAUUAUGGAUCAAAAUUUGAGUUAUUAAGUGUCUGUGCUGUUGUUAAUCAUAUUAUUGGAUACAGUAAUGGCUUCUGUAUGAUUUCACUGUUGGAACCUAGCGAUGUUACUUCAGAUCAUUUGUUUAUUGCAAGCUGGAGGACUGAAGUUAUCGACAGCAUAGAGGUCGUAUUUCUUUCAGUCCGGUUCCGGUCCCAUGACAGUUUAAUGCAGCUGAUCUUGAACACGGGUGAAUGCUGGUUUCCAACUGAAAACGAGGCUUGUUUGGAGUUGUUCGCCAAAUUUGAAGAAGUGAAUUUAGAAUUGCAGCUGAACCAGGAUGUGGCAGUUGUAUUCUGGUCCAGGUACAAGAAAGCAUGUCUUGUUGUCUUGAUCGUCAUCCCUCUUGCCUUUUAUGUUGUUCAUCCGCAAUUGAUGGAAAGAAGAAGAAUAAACUCUAUCCCUGUUCCACAAUUAGCUGAAAAAGCUUCUAACUUGGAUCAAUCAUCAUCAUCAUCAUCAUCUGGUGCAAAUGACUUGUCAAAACCUGUAGAAGAACCACCGAAGGCCAUAAAGAUUGAACCUUUGAUCAAAUCCCCUGAAAUAACAACAACACCACCACCUCCUCCUCCUUCUUCGUCAUCAGGUAAAGAGAAAUGCAGAAGAAACCGUCGAAAGAGAAGAACUUCCAGUUCAUCAUCUUCUUCAUCUCAAGUGCUCACUCCAAUUGUAGUUGCUGUUGAUCAAGCUUUUGUAACUGUACCCAAAACUGUUGUGAAGGAUAAGAAGCCAGUAGAUGAUGAUUUUCUGUUUCGUUCAGCCAAUGAUCAAAGUAUGAAGAUUCCAACUUCAACUCUAGCUCUUCAUGCCCGAGCUCCAGGUCCAAAACAGGAGAUGGUGAAGAAGAUAACAGCCACUAUUAACGACCCAUAUGUUUAUGAUAUAUGGUCAGACCAUCUUCUCGAGAUUGUUCUAUCUGAACUAUGGAGUAGUUUCUUUGUAACGGGACCACAGUUCAUUGUUAAGUCUCAAUCUGAGCAUGUUGUAACUUCCCCUUAUAAGGGUGAUUAAAAACUAAGC